AUGCGGCGGCUGUACCUGGUGGAGCCCGUGGUGGCGCUGUACGCCUUCAGCAGCUUCCUCAUCUACCCGCUGGUGCAGCAGUACGUGUACCGACGCCUGUGGGUGCAGCUGACCAACAGCAGCUACCCGGCCUCCACCAACACCUCCAGAUGUGCAGGGAACAGCAGCGGUGCAGGAGGGAACAGCAGCAUCAUCCAGGAGGUUCAGCGUCAGGCCUCCCUCUUCUCCCUGUACUCGGAGCUUCUCUCCACCAUCCCGUCCCUGAUGGUGACGCUGGUCCUGGUGGCGUACAGCGACCGCGGGGGCCGUAAGGUGACCAUCGUGCUGCCCCUGGUGGGCACUCUGCUCUACACGUCGGCCUUCCUGACCGUGUCGUUCUUCGAGCUGAACAUCUACCUGCUGAUCGCCGCCUCGUUCGUCAGCUCUCUGUUCGGGGGCCUGGGCACCUUCCUGGGCGGCUGCUUCGCCUACAUCGCCGACCUGUGCAAGGACGAGCGGCAGAAGACGCUGCGCAUGGCCGGCGUGGACAUGAUGAUCGGGCUGCUGUCGGGCGUGGCCGCCCUCUCCACCGGGUACUUCCUGCGGGCCGCCGGGUUUAACUGGCCCUUCCUGACGUCGGCGCUGUGCCAGAGUCUCAUCCUGCUGUACGCCGUGUUCCUGCUGGAGGAGACGGUGAAGGAGGUUCCCCCCGAGCUGGGAACCCCCGGGGGGGCCGGGGCCGUGAAGCAGGCCCUGCUGGGAUUCUACCAGGUGUUUGCCGGGGCCGGCGGCCGGCGUAGAACCGUCCUCGUCCUCCUCAUGCUCGUCUUCACCAGCUUCACCUUCUCCUACGUGGGCGGCGUCUCCAUGGUGACGCUGUACGAGCUGAACGAGCCGCUGUGCUGGACGGAGAUCCUGAUCGGCUACGGCGCGGCGUUGUCCACCACCGUGUUCCUCACCAGCUUCGUGGGCGUGUCGGCCUUCACCUACUGUGGAGUUCCUCAGCUCGUCAUCGUCCUGCUGGGAAUCCUGUCUGUUACCGCGGGACUGGUCCUGCUGGCCUUCGCCCGGACCACUGUACUCAUGUUCACUGCGAGGGUUCCCAUGUUUCUGGCCAUCGUUCCGUUCCCGGUUCUUCGUUCCAUGAUGUCAAAGAUCAUCCCGGAAUCACAGCAGGGUGCGUUGUUUGCCUGCCUCUCCUUCCUGGAGUCUCUCACCAACAACGUGGCGGCCGCCGUUUUCAGCAGCGUCUACGCCGCCACCGUGUCCUGGAACCCGGGGUUCGUGUUCCUGCUGGCGGCCGGGCUCAGUGGAGUUCCUCUCUCCUUCCUCGGGGCCGUGUCUCUGUACGGCGUGGACGUUGCCGACGGCGACGGGGGGGCGGAGCCUGUUUCCUCGGAGGAGGGAAGUCCGGAGGAAAACGACGAUAACCGUCCUCUGCUGAGCUGAUGGAGCGACACCCGACUCCCAGCCGCUCCCUGGACUCCCACCAGUAAAAACCAGUAAACCAGGACUAAACCAGCAGUAAACCAGGACUAAACCAGGACUAAACCAGGACUAAACCAGCAGUAAACCACUAAUAACAGUUGAACUAGUGACACUUUCUUCCUCUCCGAGCUGUUUGCAGCUGAAAACAGCUGUGUCUUCGCUGGAAAACGACUCUUUCCUUCACACGUGGACGUGUUUAAAGGGACUAAACGUUUGUGGGACAAAAGCUUUAGUUUCUCAGACAAUCAUAAAUGUUUAGGAUCUUUAUUUUUAAGGAAUAGUGAGUUUUGCCUCCUCAGGGGAACGUGCACUUUGGUACGGAAGAGAAUCAGGGCCAGGCCGGAGAAAAAUAAAAAUAAUAUUUUAGAGGAGAAG